AGGAUUGUUGUUUCAAUAAAACAGGACACAAAAAAUAACGAGUCUCUUCUACUCUGAUGUAUUGUCAGUCAGGAGACUCCACCGUGCAACAGGUCCUAGUCCCAGUGUGUAACCAGUCCUUUUUUUUUUUUUUUUUUGUUCCCCACAACGGCAUGAAUUCCAACACACACUUACACAUACACCGGCUGUGCCUGCUGCAUCAAAUGCGCACGCAAGAUGGGUUUCAAGAGGAGAGUGUGGAGGGAUGAAGGGGGAGCUACAUCUUCAGCUCUACCACUCCCCCAUACUACCCCUCUCUCCCUCUCCCUCUCCCUCUCUCUCUCUCUCUCUCUCUCUCUCUCCUUGAUGCAGACUGGAGGUGAAGCGGUUUUUCUCUCCCCUCCUCUUCAUCCGGGGGAAACCUGGACAGACACACCGAUGGACUUCCCGACUGACCGACAUUUCGGGAUUUGUGACCUUGACAACCACAACUUGCCGGUGACAGCGGGGGGCAGCAGCUAAGGAGCAGCAGAAGAAGAAGACCUUAAACCGCGACACUUCAGUUCACAGUGACCCGAAGAGACACGCAACAACUUUGAGCCGCUGUGGCCGCGGGCCGGUGUGCGGGGAGCCCUGGUUCUGUUCGGACCUGAACGCGACCACAGGCGGCUUCCAGCCUCCUUUCCUCUGCUGUGGGUCAGACAUGGAGUUUCCAGAAGACUUUCUCCUGGCGGAGCUGGACCACCUGCAGCUCCUCAAUGACUCACUCUUCCAGAACAACUUCACAGGGGGCUACAACGAGACAAUCGACCUACUCCCGACUGGGGUGAAGGUCACGAUCGUGGUCGUCUACAUGAUCGUUUGUGUCAUUGGCCUGGUGGGAAACUUCCUGGUCAUGUAUGUCAUCAUAAGAUACACCAAGAUGAAGACAGCCACCAACAUCUACAUCUUCAACCUGGCCCUGGCCGACUCUUUGUUCCUGGCUACACUACCGUUCCAGGGCACUGAUGUUUUCCUGGGCUUCUGGCCUUUUGGGAACGCUCUGUGCAAGGCUGUCGUGUCGAUCGACUACUACAACAUGUUCACCAGCACCUUCACCCUGACGGUGAUGAGCAUGGACCGCUACGUGGCCGUCUGUCACCCUGUCAAGGCUCUGGACAUGAGGACGCCGCACAAGGCAAAGGUGGUGAACAUCUGUGUUUGGGUGUUGGCAUCUGCUUUCGGCGUUCCAGCCAUGGUCUUGGGAAAUGUCGAGGAAGAACAGGAACACAACAGCAUUGAGUGUAUUGUGGUUUUACCUGAACCAAGGAGUCACUGGGAUCCUGUGUUUGGUACCUGUGUCUUCCUCUUCUCCUUCCUCAUCCCUGUGGCCAUUAUCAGCAUCUGCUACAGUUUGAUGGUCAAGCGCCUACGCAGUGUCCGCAUCCUGUCCGGUUCCAAGGAGAAAGACCGCAACCUGCGACGUAUCACCAGGAUGGUCCUCGUGGUGGUGGCAGUUUUUGUCGUCUGUUGGACGCCCAUCCAGAUAAUGGUUCUGGCUGAGUCUCUGGGCUUCAACCUGAGCAGCGUGUUCACGCUGGUGCUGAUGCACUUCUGCAUCGCCUUGGGCUACGUCAACAGCAGCCUGAAUCCUGUUCUCUACGCGUUCCUGGAUGAGAACUUCAAGCGCUGCUUCAGGGAGUUCUGCCACCCCUCGCCGUUUCAUCUGGACACGCAGCAGUCCGGCAGGAUGAGGAGCAUUGCCAGGGAGGUGGCCGCGGCCUACAGCUGCAAGGCUGGAGAUGGUGUUGGGCCUGGUGGAGGGACACCUAAUCCAGCAUGACUAGGCGUGGAGCUUCCCUUGAUGGGGGUUGACCCCCCACAGAGAGGGGAAAACCAGGCGACGGGGAACUCCAACACAGAAUUAACACAGAUUACAGCGCUCUAGCAACACGAGCCCUCCCGCCCCCCAACUAGAAGACUUGCCUGGGGCGGGGGGGAGGAAGAUGAAGAAGAUGGGUCUGAGAGGAAAAGAAUCUAGGAU